AUGAUUCCUUUAUAUGUUAAUAAAGGCGUCGCUUAUGUUUGGAAUGCUGAUGAUUGGCAUACUCUACGAACUAGUCAUCGAAUAUGUGGUGCUCUAAUAGGAUCACUUCCCCCGUUUCCUCGCCAGAAUGAUUUUCAAGGCUUACCAAUGGCUUUAAUGUCAGUGGAGGCUGCGUUUUUGGUUGAAAAAGGUAUCUGUGAGCUGAUAGAAUUGCCUAAUAUUAAUGAUGAACUAUCUCCAGCACAGAAGCAACAGAUAAAAACAAUGGAAGAAGGAAUAUUCAAAGAUCAGAGUGAAGCCAUGCAUAAGAAGAGAGUCGAGCAAAUGUCGCAGAAGAUUGAUAUAAUUGUUGCUGGCAAAGUGCAGAAAUUGAAGGCCAAAGGAAAAACUGGCAAGUGA